UCCUUCCGUUCCGCCAACGAGACUUUACACAGAUGUGUUUCAGGCGUGAUCAGUUGAGGCGGUGGGACUCCUCCGUUCGCACAGUGGGAUCAACUUAUUUCAAAGGAUCUACCGUGCCCUAUUCGGACACCUUGAGUUCAAUGUAACAGGUAUCGUAAGCAGCGUAGGUCAAGGUGAUCGGGGAGUUACUUUGUUGUAGAAUUGAGCCUAUUUAGUCGGGUUUUUAAACGCAGAAGAAAAUGCCUGUAGCUUCUCUUCUGCCUUUCACGGCCACUCCGAAUAGGAAGUCCGCCAGCCCGACCUCCUUCAGGCUCACGGAGAAAUUUAUCUUGCUUUUAGUGUUCAGCGCCUUUAUCACCCUGUGUUUCGGAGCUAUCUUCUUCUUGCCGGAUUCCUCUAAGCUGCUCAGCGGAGUUUUCUUCCGCUCGUCCUCGGUGGAGGCAGAGACGCGCACAGGUACGGUCAGUGACAUGAGCACCGGGACGGGCAAGGAUGAGAAGAUCCUGGCCAAGAUUAGAAAAGACCACGAAAAGGCUCUGAUCGAGGCUAAAGACACCCUACAGAAACGGCCGGACGAGAUCAAGCAAGACAUCAUCAGCGACAAGGAGAAAGUUGCGCAAAAUGGACAGAUCAAAGGAGCGAAAGGUGACAGUUUGCCGUUCGUUCAAUACGUGCGGCCGCCUGGAGCAACAGGGCACGAGCCCGCGGAUCCUGACAUUAAAGAUAAAAGAGCCAAGAUAAAAGAGAUGAUGCAGUUUUCUUGGGAAAAUUACAAGCGCUACGCCUGGGGCUCCAAUGAGCUGCGUCCUGUCUCUAAGCAAGGCCACUCCAGCAAUUUGUUUGGUAGUCUCAAAGGAGCCACUAUUGUGGAUGCACUGGACACGCUCUACAUUAUGGAGAUGUAUGACGAAUUUGAUGCUGCUACCGAGUGGGUGGAAAGGAACCUAGACUUUAACAUGAAUGCCGAAAUCUCUGUCUUUGAAGUGAACAUCCGUUUUGUUGGAGGCCUGCUGUCCGCCUAUUAUCUCUCAGGCAAAGAGGUGUUCAGGAAAAAAGCUGUUGAACUAGGAGAGAAGCUGUUGCCGGCUUUUAAGACCCCGACUGGCAUCCCUUGGGCUCUCCUCAACCUAAAGAGUGGGAUCGGCAGAAACUGGCCAUGGGCGUCAGGAGGAAGCAGCAUUCUCGCCGAAUACGGGACACUGCAUUUGGAGUUCAUGCACCUCAGUGCACUUUCCGGGAGACCAGUUUUUGCUGAGAAGGUAAUGAACAUCAGAAAGGUGCUGAAUCGGCUAGACAAACCUCAAGGAUUGUACCCGAAUUAUCUGAACCCUAACAGUGGACAGUGGGGCCAGCAUCACGUCUCAGUUGGAGGCUUGGGGGACAGUUUCUAUGAGUACCUGCUGAAGGCCUGGCUCAUGUCAGACAAAAGUGACGAGGAGGGAAAGAAGCUUUACUACGAUGCCCUGCAGGCAAUUGAAAAGAAUUUGAUCCGAAAGUCAAGCGGAGGGUUGACGUACAUCGCAGAAUGGAAAGGCGGACUCCUGGAGCAUAAGAUGGGUCACUUGACCUGCUUCGCCGGUGGUAUGAUCGCUUUAGGGGCAGACGGAGCCCCCGAUGAUAAGACAGGUCACCAGAUGGAACUCGCGGCUGAGAUCGCCCGCACGUGUCACGAGUCUUACACACGAACAAGUAUGAAGCUGGGUCCCGAGGCGUUCCGUUUCGACGGCGGCGUGGAGGCCAUCGCCACUCGACAAAAUGAGAAGUACUUCAUCCUGAGGCCGGAGGUCAUCGAAACAUACAUGUACAUGUGGAGGUUCACCCACGACCCCAAAUACAGGCAAUGGGGCUGGGAGGCGGUACAGGCUCUGGAGAAGUACUGCAGGGUGGAAGGGGGUUACAGCGGAGUAAGAGAUGUCUACGCCAACACUCCCAACCAUGAUGACGUGCAGCAGAGCUUCUACCUGGCUGAAACACUCAAGUAUUUGUAUCUCCUGUUCUCAGACGAUGACCAUUUGCCCUUCGAUAACUGGGUGUUCAACACGGAGGCCCAUCCUCUUCCCGUCAUUAAGAAACAGAGCCCAGAAUUAGCCAACCAUCUCAAGUAAUCUUCAUCCCACCCCAAAGCACCACUGAAACAUAACUUCCUGGAUCUUCUUUAACAGUGGACAAGAGCUAUGGGUGCGAAACCCCUUGGCUGGAGAGUUCCUGUCCUCCAGGACUUCUGCUGGAGUUUCAUGUGUUUCUCCACAGCCCUCUCUCCUCUGCCGUCUCUUCUAGGGAUUCUGCAUGCUGCCCCUGUCCUCUCUCUCUCUCUCUCUCUCUGUCCCUGACACUCUGGACAUGUCUCUGAGCCUCAGAGACCCAGAAGGACCAUAUUUCCUCUGUGAGGAGACCAGAUCGUUUUCCAUCGUAUUUGCCCUCUCACACACUUUAUAAAGCCAUAGGUAACUCAAAGUUGCAUCUAUGUCCUUUUGUGUUUCUUGCAUCAUGUGCGUUUACAGAAGCGAAGAUAUGAGAUAUCCACCGAACUUCGCCGUCUCUUGCUGUCUAUUUCUUUCGGGGUGAUGUUUGGUUCGGUAUUUCGAGGCUUUAUUCAACAGGUAGUGAAACCAAGUCAACUAGUGCCUUUUUAGUCUGAUCAAUUUAGUCAAGUUUUAAUAGCAACGCUCUAUUUUUAUUUUCACUCUGACCAAGAGCUUCAUCCUACCUGGCUUAACCUUGUCAUGAACAUAAGAAUCAGUGGUUUAUCAUUAAUUCCUCUACAUUCGUGAGCUUACUUUGUUACAUAAAAUGUAUACAAAAUGUGUUUUAAUUGUUUACUUAAUCAAUGGAGGAAGAGGAAGACAUGUAAAAUAGAGUACUUUGUGUUAAUUUAUUCCUCAAGAUGUAGGGUUCUUUGUCUUUUUUCAUUGUGAAGGGCAGAAAACUAUGGAGCCUCUAAUGGGAAAAAAUAUUAAAUGAAAAAUAAUAGUUCAAUGCCUUUGCGUUCGCCAGCAAAACUUUUGCGUUCUCUCGCAAAACUAUUACGUUUCCCUGAGAAUCUUUGCUGUUGCCCGCAAAAGCAUUGAAUUAUAGUUUUUCCUUCCAUCCCAUAAUGAAAGUUUUGCAAAUGAAUGAAGAAUUUCUUGGGGGAGUUUUGUAAGCAAACACAAGUUUUGUAAGAGAGCGCAAAAAAUGUUGACGCGAACACAAAAGUUUUGCGAGAGAACUCAAAAGCAUUGAAAUUUAAGCAUUUAACCAUCACCAUGUCCCUUUAGGGGCUCCGUAGGAAACAGCGAUGAAGCUGCUCAAAUCCGUUGGGAAAGUUUUAUUAGGACAUGGGCAGCAUUAGUCAAAAAGGGGAGUGAAUAUGUGUAUGAAUGUACCACCAAAUGUGAAUUGAACAUACUUUGGCCUAGUUGUUGUGAUUUUAUCAUUUUAUCUGUUUCUUUCUUUUGAUUUAACAUGAAAGCACAAAUUUUUGAAUCAGUAUAUUCGGGUUCUCCAUGUAGAAAUGAAUAGGAAUAUUACUGUAGGACAAUGUGACAGCACAAGUAAAGAAUUUCGAUGGAAAAAGAUGGAAACCAAUGAAUGCAAAGCAGUCCAUUGCACUGGAUACAACACACAGGAAACUAAUAAGAAAAAAAUCUGACACAUUGGUGUUCAUAUAUAUCACUACAUGUAUUACACAUUACAUAGCCACAUUCCAGUUCAUGGAAUUCCCAUCUUAUUGGUAUGUUUUUUUGGAAAAUGACACUUUAAGCUUGAGGUUUGAGUGGCAGGAUGUGACUGACUGAAGGUUUGUUGCUAGCGUCUACAUUUUGGCAGUGUUUCCAAAACUAAAAAAGAAAAGAAAAAGAAAAGAAAAAAAAAAACUGAACCACCCUGCUUAACUAGUACGGUGUGGUGCUUUAACCAAUGUAUUAUACUGGUGGAUCUACAUAGAAAAAAAAAUACCUCACAGAGGUUCCUCUCUUGAGGCCGGCGACUGCAACACUUGACAUGGUAUUUCUCUGCUAUAUGUGUGCUAGCAAACAGCGUACUAGGAACCGUAAUAUAUGAAAGUAAUGUCAUCUCGAGGAAGGCCCAUCAUAAAACACUGUGACACUGUAGAUAAGACAUCGCGUUCACUGUAUUCAUGAUACUGCGAAUCUAAACGAUGUUUAGCACUGCCGCGGCUUAGCGCGGACUAGCGCUUUGUGCUGUCUCUGUAGUGAAAGUGAUUCCUCAAGCUGUGACUGAGAAUCCGCAGCGACAGUAGGGAACAGACGUUUCCUCGCAUCUGGUUGCGAUACGCAGAAUAGGAGAUGUGCUUUUCAGAUUUAAAAAUUUGUCGUUUAAAUAUUGUGUUGAUGAUCUUGCAUAGAAAAUGCCUUUUUUCGUUUGUGAUUCUUGUUGUUUGUUAUUUCUUCAUGAGACAACCUCAGAAAUGUAACUGUACAAUAUUGCUGAUAAUCAUUCCAUUGCACAUAGUCUGAUUUGUUUUGUUUUUUCUUUAAUAUAUAUGCAAUUAAUUUUGUGGGAAAUUGUUUGGUUUUAUUUCUUUUUCUUUAAUUUGUUUUUUUAAUUGUACAUAUUUCAUUCUGGCAAACUGCCAGCCAUCAUUUAUAUAAAUCUUAUGAUCUUAUCAUGUAAUAAAUUAUAUUAAAGAGCAGCAAAAGUUUUUGAUAAACUAUAUUUGUUACACUUCAAUUGUGAAUAAAACAAUCUUUUAAUAUAA